AUGUCAUGCCUGAUAGGCGCCAUCGAAAACACCCCAGAAGGCCAAGCCCUGAUCGCGAACUACAUCCGCUGGAAUGACGCCGUCCACCGGAAGACCCCUCGUCCUCUGAUCGUCUUUACUACUCUCCGCUUCAGCCAUGGACAGCCAGAGGUAGAGAGAAGCAAACCGUUCGCUGACCUCAUCGCACCGUUCGGCACCUUUGAGGCUGGUACCCCCGAGGCUCAGAUAGAUGGCCGGUUCACGUUGGACGAGAAAGAUGUCUUACUCCACAAGACUAGUCCGGGGUUGACUCUUUCUGGCGUGGUGAUGAGCACCAUUUACCGGCUUUUCGACCUAGAUUACAACAUCUUUGUGAUUGCGGAUAAUGUGGUGGCUUUGCCGGUAGGACAGAAUGCCGAAUUCAAAAAGGUUAUGCUCGACACUCUUCUGCCCAAGAUGAACCUGAAGGCGAUUUCCCUUGACGAAGCUAUCCAGGCGCUAUGUCAAAGUUGA